AGGGAAGGAAUUUUGAGUGUUUGGGUUCUCUACCGACAAAAGAAUGCGGAGGGAAGAAAAAGAAAGGCAAAUAGGACAAUCACUAUAAAAAUAUCACAGAGGAGGUCCCAUAAAAACCCCACCUUUAUCAAUCCUCUUUCGCUCUGCUCUACCAUGUCCAUUUCUCUACCUGGCCUUCUCUUCAUUUUUCAACUGGUUUCACUGUCUUCGCCUCUGAAUUGAGUUAUUAAGCCAUGGAUUCCUUUUCAAAUGCUUCAGUUUCUGGCUGUUUUCGGAAGAGUUUUUGCUCGGAGAUGUCUCCCAAUGAGCCUGUAAUGGAACAAGAAGAAAAUGACGACGUUAGUCUAGAGUGGCUAUCUAUUUUCAUGGAAGAUUGCCUCUCCGGAAACACAUCCUUCUCCAUCCCACAAAACCAAACUCCUUCCACCAAUCCACCACCACCUCAAACCCUAAAACAUAAACCCUCUUCUUCCUCCUCCUCCAAUGACAUGAAAUUCUCAACAAAAACCAAAACCAAAAGACGAAAGCUCGCACCUUUAGAGGAGGAGAACACUCCCCUUCUUCCUCAAACCUACUGGCUCGCAGAAAGUGAGCUCAUUCUUCCAAAAAAGGAUUUUUAUGAGAACAAUAAAGCAAAAACCACUGAAGUUGAAGCACAAGCGGUGCCAGGGAAAGAUCAAGGACAAGUUCAGCCAAGGAAGUGUACUCAUUGCCUCUCACAGAAGACUCCCCAGUGGAGGGCAGGUCCAUUGGGCCCCAAGACUCUCUGCAACGCAUGUGGUGUGAGGUUCAAGUCUGGCAGACUGUUGCCAGAGUACAGGCCUGCAAAGAGCCCUACUUUUGUGAGCUGCAAGCAUUCCAAUUCACACAAGAAGGUCAUGGAGAUGAGGAUGGCCAUACCCUCUAAUCACUUUGGCUUAGAGGAUUAGAAAAUGUACAAAAAUGGCUUUCUGAGUGUGAUUCUAUCUUCCUUUGUAGUCUUCUUCAUUACCUUGAAUGUUCAUUUGUUUUGUUUGCUUAUGUACUAAUGCUCCCCAAUGGUUUAUCUUCCUGUUUUUAAUACAUGCAAUGCUCCCCAAAUUUCUUGUUUGAAAGAGAU